AGUGCAGCGUAUGACCACUGCCGUCUUAACAAAAGCCAUUUUCAGGGUGGAUCACCAAACAGAGCGGUCCCCCGCCCCUCUUCAGUCAAUUCAUAGUGAUCUGGCAGCUGGAGGUCCAUGCGUCUGUCGGUCGGAGUGAAACCAUCGCCUGCGGUCUGCGUGUUGUAAGCUCCGGGGAAGUCGGAGUCUCUUGGGAGAGCCGCCGCCUGGAAACCCGUCGGUGAAACCGUCGUAUCGGCCAAGAAAACAGUCGAAAACAGCAGAAAUGGAAGAAAAGGCGUUCACGAAAGAACUCGACCAGUGGAUCGAGCAGCUCAACGAAUGCAAACAGCUAACCGAAGGACAAGUGAAAACGCUGUGUGAAAAGGCAAAAGAGAUUCUAACAAAGGAAUCAAAUGUCCAGGAGGUGAGAUGUCCAGUGACCGUUUGCGGAGACGUGCACGGCCAAUUCCACGACCUCAUGGAGCUGUUCAAGAUCGGCGGGAAGUCUCCUGACACAAACUACCUGUUCAUGGGGGACUAUGUGGACAGAGGAUACUACUCUGUAGAAACCGUCACUUUACUUGUAGCACUAAAAGUACGAUUCCGGGAACGUAUCACAAUCCUCAGAGGGAACCACGAGAGCAGACAGAUCACACAAGUUUAUGGCUUCUAUGACGAGUGCUUGAGGAAAUAUGGAAACGCUAAUGUUUGGAAGUACUUCACAGAUCUGUUCGAUUACCUCCCCCUCACUGCCCUGGUAGACUCUCAGAUUUUCUGCCUUCAUGGAGGCCUGUCCCCGUCCAUAGAUACAUUGGAUCACAUCAGGGCUCUGGACCGUUUGCAGGAGGUGCCACAUGAGGGUCCCAUGUGCGACCUGCUGUGGUCGGACCCCGAUGACCGUGGUGGCUGGGGCAUCUCUCCUCGAGGAGCCGGUUACACCUUUGGUCAGGACAUAUCUGAGACCUUCAACCACGCCAACCGCCUCACACUGGUCUCUCGAGCCCACCAGCUGGUCAUGGAGGGUUACAACUGGUGCCAUGAGAGGAAUGUGGUGACAAUAUUCAGUGCUCCUAACUACUGUUAUCGCUGUGGGAACCAGGCAGCUAUUAUGGAAUUAGAUGACACCCUCAAAUAUUCCUUCUUGCAGUUUGAUCCUGCGCCUCGCAGAGGGGAGCCCCACGUAACCCGCCGCACCCCAGACUAUUUCCUGUAAACUCUAACAUUAGAACCCAUCCGUACAGUCCAGCCCGGAGCGGCAGAUAACCCUGGGAAAUGAUAAAAUAACACAAAUGUGGAAUGGGAGCCUGGGACACCGCUUGCAGCGUCACAGCAAUGCACAUUGUAUAUCCACACUAGACCUAUUUAAGCAUUUCUCAAAAUAAUUCAGUGUCUGUGGGUGGACCAAAGGGUGUGUGCCAUUUACCAUUUGAAUAUUCAGUGCUGCCGACUGUACUAAAUAUCCCCUUUCCUCUUUAAGUCAUGUGUAAAUUCCUUCUUUUGUUUGCACGUAGCUGGACUAAUGGCACCAACGUCCAAGAUUUCUUAUUUGCUCCUUCAAAUGCGGCACUUUGAGUCACACCAGCUUUGGCUUAUAUCAAGGAGAAAUGCAUAUGUUCUGUUUGCACUUUUGUAAAUUUAAAGAAAUGUAAGUUAUAAAAAAAAAAGAGAACAUGAGAUUCACACUGUUUUUGUUUUGUUUUUUAAAUAUUGCGAAUCAAUAAAAUUCCCCUAAAGCAAGCUCUACACAAGGCUUUGUUGUCCUAACUUUUUAGACAGAUAUAUGCAGGAAUGCAGUUUGGUUUAUAUACGAUGCUAAAUGUUCUAUUGAAUUCAUGGAUUCCCUCUGAUUAUAUUAUGUAAGAAGACAUUUCAACAAUAAAGGUUAAGGUGACUUA